CCAUUAUUUUACUAUGCAUUUUCUAUGUUCUCAAUUCAUGCAAUUCUAACUUUUUGUGUAAUCCAUGCAACUUGAAGUCUAAAGUCUUGUGUCUGUCUCAAAUUUCAUUUCACGCAUGCAUGAUGUAUGGAUACCUUUAAAAUGUCCACAACACUCUCGUUCCUUGCAAGGAACAUGUUACCAACAUUUCAUCACAAAAAUCAAAUCUUUAGGCCUUUCUCUUUCUACAGAUUAGGACCCAAAAAUACAAACAAAGACUUAACUAACGCUCUUAGAAUCCUUAAAUUAGUUUCCCCCAAAAAAACCGUCACUGAUAUCGAAAAUCGUCGAAGUCAUCUUAGGCUAGUUGAAGACAUUCUAGAAAACACUACAACAAAUCCUCUUGGUAGCAAUUUGAAAACUGUUACUGAAACCAUUCUUGAAUCCUCUGUUCUAGAAAUGGAACAAGGAUUGGGAAUUGAUGUGUGUUUUUUGUCUCAUGCUUUGAGUUUAUGUGGGUCGAAGCGUGAUUUUUAUGGCGGUAUUCAGUAUCAUUGUUUGGCAAUAAGAAUUGGGUUUAUUGCUAAUGUUUAUGUUGGAAGCUCUUUGAUAAGUUUGUAUAGUAGAUGUGGUUUGUUGGGUGAUGCUUACCGUGUGUUUGAUGAAAUGUCUGUGAGAAAUGUGGUUUCAUGGACUGCGAUUAUUGCUGGGUUUGCGCAGGAAUGGCGUGUUGAUAUGUGUUUGGAGCUUUUUCGUCGGAUGAGGGGUUUGGAAUUGAAGCCAAAUUAUUUUACUUAUACGAGUCUGCUUAGUGCUUGUAUGGGUAGUGGAGCACUUGGACAUGGGAGAGGUGUUCAUUGUCAGAUAAUUCAAAUGGGUUUUCAUUGUUAUCUUCAUGUUGAAAAUGCUCUUAUUGCUAUGUAUUCCAAAUGUGGGGUAAUUGUUGAUGCUUUGUACAUAUUUGAAAACAUGGUGAGUAAGGAUGUUGUGACGUGGAAUUCUAUGAUUGUUGGGUAUGCGCAUCAUGGGCUUGCAGAAGAGGCAUUUAGUCUCUUUGAUGAGAUGAUAAAACAAGGUGUUAAUCCAGAUGCUGUGACUUUCCUUGGCAUCUUAUCCUCGUGUCGGCAUGGAGGUCUUGUUAAAGAAGGUCAAGUUUACUUUAGUUCCAUGGUUGAUCAUGGUUUGCAGCCAGAAUUAGAUCAUUAUUCUUGUAUUGUAGAUCUUCUUGGUCGGGCCGGUUUGCUUCUUGAGGCUCUUGAUUUCAUCCAAAAUAUGCCUGUUUGUCCUAACGCUGUGAUAUGGGGUUCCCUACUUUCUUCCUCUAGACUUCAUGGAAAUGUUUGGAUUGGCAUCCGAGCAGCCGAGAGCAGGUUAUCGUUGGAACCAGGUUGCUCAUCGACACUUCUACAGCUGGCAAAUCUGUAUGCUAGUGUUGGUUGGUGGAAUCAAGUUGCAAGAGUGCGACAAUUGAUGAAAGACAAAGGUCUAAAACCAAAUCCUGGUUGCAGUUGGAUUGAAGUUAAAAACAAAGUCCAUAGAUUUGAAUCACAAGACAAGUCAAACAGCAGAAUGAAUGGCAUUCUUUUGAUAAUGGAUAGUCUGGUAGACCACAUGAGUGGUUUAAGCCUUCAGUUUCAGAUUUCUGAGGAGGAAAAUAUUUGGAUUUCACAAUGAUUUCAAUGUCAGCGCUUUCCAGCAUUUCAGCAUUGACUUACAUUUUUGGCAGGGGCAGAAACAGAGAAAAAAUGCUUUCUGGUCAGUGAAACAUCUUUCGUGGAUGACAGGAAAUUCUAGAAGCAAUGCAAGCAAUAUGUACUUUGCAAAAUUUCUUGAAAGUGUGCUAAUGCUCCUUGUCCUUGUUAAGACCAUAAUUACUGCAGAAUAAUAGACAUCUUUCUGUGGAGUGACUGGGAGAGAAACUUAAAAAAACAUGAUAUGGAUUCUGUUCCAUUAACUAAGUAAAAUCUCUCCCAUUUGACUUCUAUCUAUUCAUUCAUCCUUAAUGACCGACAAUUAUCAUGUUGCCAAAAAACAAAAGGGAAAAGACAUCGUCGAUACACACUGACAUCAACUAGUGUCGCCUUGAGGCUGGCAUGAAUGGGAAUACAUUGAAUGCCAUAUACAGGAUGAAAUAAUCCACCUGUAGACUAAUUUCACGUUGUUUAAGAAAAUUCCAGCUCAGUAAACAUCGCUGGAGGUUUGCUUUACAAUUUCAUCACUGAUGGUACUCAAGGUUUGGUUAAUCUAUAAGUCAAAAGCCUUUCUUCACCGGGUAUAGGUAUGCAUGCAAGGAGAGAGUCUACCCCAAAAGAUAGGUAGGUAAACGAUCUAAAUUUUUACUGUAGGGAGCUACUUUAUUUGCUUUAUAGAUCAUUGUACGUUAGUCUUGUGUUAACGAUGUAUUCGUUGGACUUGGAGCACAGUGGCAAGAUUUUGGGAAUGUAUGAUAAAAAAUAACGGGGUGGUCAUGAGAAUAGAGAGGCAAGGUAAUUAACAGGCACCAUCAUGAAAACGAAGGCGGCAAUAAAAUAAGCAAGUGCACUCAUGGGAUAUUAAAAAUACAACGGAAGACUAGAUUACUGGCACACAAUUAACAAUGUCCAAUUAGCUAUCUGGAUGUAGUGAUUUAGUUUGUUUAAGAUUAAAUCAGUGGCAGGCAAUAGAAAGUCUAGUUUUAGUUUUAUUUAAUUGGCCAUGCAAACAAACUCAGCUUCUGUCUACUGACUUUUUCUUGUCCUAGCUAGGUCCAAGCCUAAAGUUGUGCAGCAAGUUGUUGGAGUAUGUUAGUUAAUUAUAAAUUGGUAGUUGGGACAUAAAUAUACUUUCAGUUUUUCAGGAGACUUUCAACUGCUUCAUACUUAUGAUCAUUCAUUCUUGAGUAUGGACUUAAUUCUCUAUAUUCUUAAAUACCCUCUACCUCAAUCAUAUUUUAGUUUGUGUUAGACCCUCUGGAUUCUUUUGUUGAUUAAGUUUUGUGCACGAAUGACUGAGAUAAAAAAAACAACAUAUUUUGUUUUGGAGUGUGGAAAACACAUUGUGUUGACUGAGCGGAACACAAACUCAAGAGCGGAAGUGUCAAUUUUUUCUAAAAAGAGUUGGUGAUACCAAUUGCUAUACAUUAUGUGUCACAUUCUUUAACUCUUGAGUGCUGUGGUUGAUUAGUAGAUAAUUGUUACAAUUCUUGCUUUUGGUUUUCUUUGAAUUUCAGGCUGCACAGAUAAAGGUUAUAGGCCUUAGGAAUGCUUGAAUGAUUAAUUUUUUAGAAAGCACUUACACAUACAUGACAGGGACACCAAAUACAACACGAACACCAACAAUUGGACAAUGUUGAUGUCCAAAUAUAUUAAUUAAGAAGAUUAAAUAUGAGAAUCGUGGAUAAAUAUCUAAAUUGUGAAUCAAGAUGACCAACAAGACUUAAUGAAGACAAAGAACAUAAUAGAUGAAAUAGGAGAUUGAAAAGGGAAACCAGGAAAGAAAGAAGAAGAUCUGUGUAUGCUGGAAGAUGAGCAUACAUGUGAGAACUUAUCAGUUGUCCACUAAUUAAAAUAGUACAUAGUUGUGUUCAAUGAGUGUCAGAUGUGUGUUAAGAUGAAGAAUUGUUUUUAGACACUUGAGGUGUUUGACACAUGUCGUACAAAUGUCAGUAUCUGACAUGUAUCACACACACAGGAUAGCAGUCUAGCAUAGGUUGGCGGUUCACCGCUGGACGGCCAUGUUGAGGUCCAUAGGUUGGCGGUCUAGCAUCCGGGAUAUUAUGAGUUAUGCUUUUAUUCCGUUUAUCAAAGCUAGUCAAAUAUAUUUCUAGACAGUUCCAAAAUCUUGACAGAAUAUCUUGAUGAACGGCAUAGAGAGGAUUAGCAGAUGCUUGACUACCAGUGACCGUGCAUGAAUUCAAAAGAAGCUUAGCCCUGGUGUUUUCACUUUUCAGUAACUGAAUUGAUUACCUGAUUUGGUUUUGUUCUUAAUAUUCUUUUGACAAGACUCCUCUAAAAUGAGCAAUUUACUUUAGAGAGUAAAGUGGGUAAUCUUAACCAUUGAGCACAUGCAUAACAAAUCAUUGGUGAUUACAAUAUGAAACAUUGAUUUCCUAACUUUACUAAAAACUCACUUUAGAGGAGCCAAAUCCAUUUUUUCUUUCAUA